CGCAGUUAGGACGACGCCCUUCCGAGGUUUUUGGACAGGAUAUUCCAACACCUUUCCAAAGCACACAUCCUACAAAGCAUCGAAUCGGCAUCCAAACACAUUUGAGGAAAUUCUACAGUCUUGUUGGCAUUUUCCGACUCACACACAGAGACCCAACGACCGCCCUGUAUUGGCACCGUUCCAUACAAUCCGUCAUGAUGCGGGAACAGCGUAUGCUUGCGAUCCUCUGGGGCGCGGGUCUGUGGUUCGGUGGUAGUGGUGUCCACGCGUGGCAAUUUCCCAAUCUCUUUACGGUUCCGAUCCAACCGUCCCAGAAGUUUUCUCAAGGUUCGACUGCCAAGUCCGGUGGAUACUCACACACCCACACCUUGCCGGGGUCUUUGCAGAAACAAGCCGUCCUGGACGCCGUCAGUGGCACCAACAACGGCAAAACCGCCACACCGAAUCAACAACAAACCGUCUUGCGACGCGUCCGCGAGCUGGAGCAAUCCUUUCCCCCCUUUCGACUCGCGGAUGCCUCCCAAGCCGCCCGUUUGGACGGAAUCUGGUAUUUGCAGUACACCUCUCCCAGCACCGUGGGUGACAACAACAACAACAACAACAACAAUAGCGAGGACGCCUGGCAACCCUCCUACGCCACCGAAGGCGACUCCCGGAUUGAAACCCGGCCCUUUCAAGCACGAGGGACUGUCUCGGCGGCCGGCAUUCGCGUCGACACGGCCAACAAGGUCGUCCAACAAAUACUCGACGUCUCCAACGCCCGGGUAGCCAACGACGUGGUGUUGGAAUGGGGACGUGUCUACGUGGCCGGAUCCUUUCGACCCUCCGACAUGGUCCCCAACCGUGCCGUCGUGUCCUUUGAUACCGCCGAAAUUACCGUCGCCCAACAGGGCGGUACCGAAAAAGGGUGGAAAAUUCAAUUGGGCUGGUUCUUUUGGAUUCUGUCCAAAAUUCGUGGAACCACGGAAAACGGUUGGUUGGAAACCACUUUUGUCGAUGACACGCUCCGGAUUGGGCGUGGCAACAAGGGAACUCUCUUUGUUCUCACACGGGAUGUCGAUGCCGUCCAACCCUAAAACCGGUUGCCAUACGCCAAGUGCAAACCAGGCGCACGCCGCGGUAUUCGCACGCUAGUACGGAAACAGC